UGUUGCAUUCCGGCCAACUCUGCUCCCUCCGCCUGUCGCUUUUUCACCCCCUCCCUCCUACGUCUUCUUCGCCCAGUCUCCCUUCAGGAUCCCUCAGGCGACAUGAAUUUCUUCUCGUGGCUCUUCUGUGCAGCGUUGCCUUGCAUCAUCCAAACCGCCUUCCGGCCUCCCAUUGUGGUCUCCAUGCAACCUGGAGGCGACCCGGAAGUGGGCCCACAAAACCAGAGGGUCCUCUGCCCCGUCGUUUACGUCUCACCCACCUUCAGGUUCCGACGCAGCCUCGAUGUCGUCAAGAGAAGCCUCGAAAACGAAGGAUUCAGAUUUGAUCCAGCGGUGUGUGACGACAAUGGGCGACUCCUACCAGUUAGGGAACAGGUUUCCCUCGACGGAGGUCCAUUGCAAUUCGGCCUCGGUCUUCGAGACGACAAAACAAAAGACUCCGACGCAGACGUCAAAAGCGUCCUUCGGCCGGGCAGAAAAUACCGCAAGAACAUACGAAAGUUCACACGCAAUUACAAUCUCCGCUUUGGUCGUUCUCUCGACUUCCAGACUCCUUGCCCGGAUUGCGAAGAAGAGGAAGAAGAAGGUACAAACCUAUAUGCUUACUCCAGGGCCACCCCGAAAGAUCAAGACUCCGAAGGCAACUACAAUUGAUGUUAUAUCUACCAUUCUUGAAAUGAAUACAAAAAGGAACCCAACCGAAUCCUCUGCAACAUCCCCUCACCCAACAACAUCGACCUCAGCAUUCUCAUCCUCAACUUCUUCAGUCUCAUCAAGUCAUCUCGAGACCUCACCUAUGAUGAUAAAAGAGCCACAGGUUCUACUAUCCACGAUUCUCUAGACAUCCUUUGAGAGGGAGGCUGCUUUCAAGAUGUCUUACUCGUCGGUAGAGUCUGCAACUUCUUAUAUUUCAAAGAAGAUUUCACCAUUAAACCCAUCUAACUAAAAUGAGUCCGUUGGCAAAAAGGGGUAACUACGAAUAUAAAAAGUGUAAAUGUACACGGAAUAUAUAUGCUACGUAAUGUGUUCCGGAAUUCUAAUGAAACCUUAAAUAAGAAUCUAGGAAUUACGGAGGUGACACGAAUCAUCCUCCAACAAGGAUAUAAAUAUUCUCAUGGAAACUCUUGAUGUAUUAAUGGAAAAGUAACAUCAAAUUUCCAAUUUUUUAAAUUUACCGUAAAUACCUGCUGAAAAGAAAGAGAAGUAAAUGCACUGUCAUCAACUGCUGAUGUUUGAGAAUAUUAGACCUAAGAAAAAAUCAUUGCAAUAUGAAGUCUCUCGUAGGAUAGUUUAAUAUUUUUAAU